AGGCGAAGCCCCAAGCCUCGCCUCUCGCCGGCAGAGAGCCGCGCUGUGCGCUCCGCGCGCCCCUCGCCGCCGCCGCACCCCCAGGAGCGCAGAGCCCCGCGCACUCGCGCGCCAGCCGGGCCCGGGCGCGGACGGGCAGGCGAGGGGCGGGCGCGCGUCCUCGCGGCUCUGGAUGGAAGGAUCGAGGUCGGCGGAGACGGCGGCCAGCAGGUCCUGAGGCCAGAGCCCCUCCCCGGCCCCGCGCCCGCGAUAUGCCGCGGGAGAGGUGCCGCGCCCCUAGACCGUGUCCCCGCCAUGGAGGUGCUGCGGCGUUCCUCGGUCUUCGCCGCGGAGAUCAUGGACGCCUUUGACCGCUCGCCCACCGACAAGGAACUGGUGGCCCAGGCCAAGGCGCUGGGCCGGGAGUUCGUGCACGCGCGGCUACUGCGCGCGGGCCUCGCCUGGAGCGCGCCCGAGCGCGCCGCUCCCGCCCCCGGAGGCCGUCUGGCCGAGGUGUGCGCGGUGCUGCUGCGCCUGGGGGACGAGCUGGAGCUGAUUCGGCCUAGCGUCUACCGCAACGUGGCCCGUCAACUGAACAUCUCCCUGCAAUCUGAGACUGUGGUGACUGACGCCUUCCUGGCUGUGGCGUCCCAGAUCUUCUCCGGAGGCAUCACAUGGGGCAAGGUGGUGUCCCUGUACUCAGUGGCGGCAGGGCUAGCCAUCGACUGUGUGCGGCAGGCCCAGCCCGCCAUGGUCCACGCGCUUGUCGACUGCCUUGGAGAAUUUGUGCGCAAGACCCUGGCUCCCUGGCUUCGAAGGCGUGGCGGAUGGACCGAUGUCCUCAAGUGUGUGGUCAGCACGGAGCCCGGCUUCCGCUCCCAUUGGCUCGUGGCUGCACUCUGCAGCUUUGGCCGCUUCCUGAAGGCCGCCUUCUUCCUGCUGUUGCCAGAGAGAUGAGCUGCUGCCUCGGGCACAGGCUGAAGCCAGGCACUCCGACCCAGGAGGCCCUGGGCCCUGGAGAGCACCCAUGUCCUCCUCGACCAGGCUGGGAAGGCUCCGACACUCAGAGCCCUGCCCCCAUGCUGGAGGCCCUGCCCUGAGCCCCUCGCCCUCAGACCCAGGCUCUCUAGAAGGGGCAGCAGAGGGGGCCUCCCUGGCCUGGAGCUGGGCUUCAGUGCCUCCCUCGUUGCUCCCCUUCUCUUAGAAAUUCUGCUUGUCCUCUUUCUGGAGCCAGAAAGUCAGGGUCACCUCCUGGGUCCAAAAGGAAGGGAGCUGAGAACACUAGGCUCCACUUGAUGCCUGGGUCCCCUCUGUGAAGGGGGACCAUGUCAGGACAUGAGCUGGCCUUGGUCCUUGUGGGGAAUGGGCCCUGCUCGUUCAGUCAUAAGGUGUCACUGGCCUGGCCAAGGCUGGAGGAGCCGUGGGGUCUUACUGACCUUGAAGACAGGGCAUAAAGUUUAUGUGCUGGUUGCUUAAUCCAUUUCUGGAGGGAGCAGUGUGUCCCCCUCCCAUGGCAGGGUCCUUGUGUGGCAGGGACCAGGGGCACGGGGCUCCAGGCCAGCACACUGACCUGAGUGCAUGAGCCCAUAAACAGAAAGGUUGGUGUGUGUGUUGAAUUCCAAUAAAGUUUCACGGCCAUGGAG